AACAAAAUUAAACAAUCAGAUUACCUCACGUGACUGAACCCAUUGACUGUUGACCUUUCGGGGGAAACAACGUUUGGAAUACUCGCGCGAAUCGUCAACGAUCAAUGGAUUAAUUUAAUAUUUUAAGUACGCUAUUUAUGUCGGACGUCUCCUUGAAGCUAUGUAUGAUCGUGGUUAUUGAUCUCGUUCAUGCAUGUUCGUUACGAAAAUACGAUACGUAACGUACCUAAUACAAUGAACGCAUGAUUUUUGCAAUGAUAUCGAUUGUUUAAGUUACCAAUAAUUAGUUCGGGAAUUUUAUGAAUUUAUGGAGUACAGUGAUACGAAAGACAUACAAAAAAUAAUGUUUGUUGAAUGGAAUCUAUGAAUAAUCUAAUUAAUAUAACGAUUGAAUAUUUUGUUUUGUACGAGUGCAUAUACUUGUAUGCAUAAAGCAUGUAUUUGUCAUGUCAGCUUGUAUCGUAAAUGUAAUUAAUUAUACCCUCUGUCGCCCUCCUCUCACCAUCUUCUUUCAAAGAGCGUCUCGCUCUUUCCCUGAGAUCCAGGGAUGGUGACUCUAACGACGCGGAAGAAAAGGUUGGCGAUGGAGACUGGAGCCGGCUCGGGGCCGCGAUCCCGACAAGAAAAAUGGAAGGAAACCUGGUGACCGUCGAAAACGAUCGUCAUCGGACGCCGGAGGACCAGGCGUGGCGUAAUUACCGGUGCCCCCGGCUGCUUCCAUUUUCUACGCGCUAAUUCGCCUCCCGAUGCCCGAUCGACGGACAUCGAAUAUUAUAAUCCACGAGUGAAUCUUAAUGGGCAACUCCCCUCCUCCUCCCCCACCGCCUUCGCACGCACGAUUCCCCCCUCCUCGAUCGCGGUAUCGUUCAAGAGGAUUCGCGAGGAGGCGACGCGUGGUUGAAUUACGGAUUCCCGCGUGGCGGUGGGGAAAAUAAGGUCAGGGGUAGAGGGGUCGAAAGAGCGACGAGCGAAGAGUUGGUCGAGAAAGAGGGCAAAUGAACGGACGGAGAUGCAAGUCCGCGCGAGGGGAAAGGGGAAAGAUGACAGACAGCACGAAUGGAAAACAGAGAAGCCAAGAAGAGAUUGGAGUGGGAAGGGGACCAAUCGUCGCGACGAGUGAAAAGCUGCGUAACCCUGUCUCUUUCCCUCGUCGUGUACGUACGAGGGUUCUCGAUUCCAUCGAACCGUGUAUGCGUGUGGAGACCCACACUUUCCUCGAUCGAUGCACGUACACACAUUGGCUCGCCGCUUUGCGUGGUGGCGAGUCUCCUCCACAGAGAACCUGUCCACCGACGCAGGAACGUGCCGUGUACGUGUACGAAACAGACGUGUAUAGAUUUUCGGUACAGAUGUGAAGGGGCAGCUAUAUCGAAACGCAGAGGCAGGCAGGAUACGUAGCGGCGAGUUUCCAAGAGAGAACGCAUGCGCGACACCGCCACGAAGCGAAGCUAAUUUCUCAGUGGCGGCUCGAAUCAUUAACUUGUUACCUUGGCAACCCCGGCCGACCUAAACCAUUGGCUGUCGCUUUCUCCCACUUCCCCUUCGUACGCUCUAUCGGUCGAACAACAAACUACGCGCGCCGCCACGCUCCUUUCCACGGAAUAUCGUAUAUUUCCUAACCUAGCGCGACGUGGACUAUAGACUAUCCGUGUUUCCCUCGAUACACACACUGUAACAGGACCCAGAUACGCGGUAUACAUGUCAGAGGCACAUGCCACCGUAGGGACGUGGUUGCUGGGAUUGGCGCGGCCACGACUCUCUUCCUACCCUCGUCGCGAAACAUCCUACCGUCUCGCUUCUUUGUCGAAAUCCAUGACCGGUAUUGGAAGAUGACCGAUAAAUCGGUUGCGUUUCGCUCUUUACGUUCGAUCUUUUCGAAUACUUCGUGCCGUUUUUACGCCUAACGUCGUUUUUUAUACCAAGCACAUCUUCGGAGAUAUUAAUAAACAUAAUUAUGAUAACUGGUAGUAGACUAACGAAAUUGCAGCCGAUGAAAAUUACUCGCGAACGAAAAUUAUACUUCGAUAAAUAGCAGAGAUCUUAAACUUGUAAUCAUUCGAUACAAAAGAAGAAUCCUUUUACCCAAAUAUAGACCAUGUAGUCUGUUUAAAUCACGGUUUUGGAAAUUUAAAUCGAAUUGGGAGUACUGUGAAUUCCAGGCGCUCGAUGUAUAUUCGCGCAAACUAGCGUUGCUUCCGUUUUCUGAUGAAAAAAGUACAGAAUAUGCUCUGUACGGAUUGGGUGGGAAUCCUUUACACACACGCAGAGGACCAAUCGCGAACGAAAUUGCAUUACGGGGUUUCGAGGAGGGCAGUAUAAGCCCAACUUAGAAACAGCUGUGCCAGGAGCGUAACGAGUAAUCGCGACGUUGGAUUCACGUUUGGCGAUGGAAAUAUCGAGCUUUAUUUAUUUCCAUUCAAUCUACAUUUCCUCGCAAGGAUCAUCGACGAACACCGAACUGAGACAAUUAUUAGGAACCACCCAUCGAAGGAAAUACAGAUUUUUCUUUUUCAUAGAAAAUUUCCAGAAUGAAAAAGAACGAUUUUUGUUGCAACACAAUUUCCUGAAAUUUGCAUUUUUCAAACAGUUCCGUGUUGCAAAUGAACUACUCUGUUUGUAUGCUACGUUUACGCGUAAAUACAAAAACAACAAAAUUUAAUUUAAUUACCUUCGAUAUUUCAACUAUAACCUAAAUUUAUAUAUAAGCUCAUAUAAUUCACCUAACGUAAACAUAAAACAAAACAAAUGCAAAUAUAAUAUUCGAUAAGAAAGUCGAAUGACACGACUGUCACGUGACGGGGCGACAACGCGUCCGUGUUCGCCCCUGAUGGCAUCGUGAAGUUAUACUGCGAAAUAUUCUGCGGACUAUACCCACUCGUAUGUACAUCACAGGGUGUGUGCAUGUGUUGGUGAAGAGUGCUAUGUGUGCCCGAGGUAAGAGUAUGAGUACCGUUACGGGGCAUGCGCCUGCAGCCACCAUAUCCAAUGGCCCCGCCUUUCACGGUGCAAACGAUGCCUUUGGGAUUUGUCCUCGCUGAACCAAUGGGCAAACGAGGUUGCCAUACGCGAUGGGAGAGGUGAGGUUAUAAGAGGCGAAAUGGAGGGGAACAGACAGGGAGAAGGGCGGUGAAGCGAGGGGGGAACGAAGAGAAGCGAGGGGUUCCGUGGAUCGUGUGGGAGCAGGGAGGCAGACAACGAAUGCGACUACGAAUGCUUACGAAACCUCGCGACGUCAACGUAUAACAAAACUCUGUUUAAAAUACCCAUAGUGUUUUUUUAAAGAGGUACGAGAGACAACGAUUCACGAUAGAAAGUUUGGUCUAGUUAACGGUGGAAUCGGUGCGGUGACAGUGUCUACGGCGUGUUCGAAAACGUGAUAGGUGUGACUGCGCAGUCGCCAUGUGAGUACCUGAACGAGUAUCCGAAACUCCAUGCAAUGUUGUGUGCCUUCGAUAUUUUUAGUCUCCUUGUAGAUCCGUAUCGAUGGUAUUCCGACCGCGAUUACAACGUACACGGUAUAUCGAUACUCGAAAAUUACCGCGAGCUACACAAAGUAUAGAACACACUGUGCGUUAUGUCCCGCCGGAUCUUCGAACGUGCUUUAUUUUGUAAUCCAAUAUGUCGGCGUCGGAGACGCUGUUCUCUAUUCGACGAGAUACAAUUCCACGGUUUCGCGUGUCUCAGUUGCUCCGACGAAUAAGUUACAUCGGACGAACACUCGUCGAGGAAACCGCGUGUGUUGUUAUUAUCAUCAUCGCCGUUAUUACCAUUAUGGCGAAAUCCAUGUUGUCAACCGCCCCCUAGUGCAGCAGAUUGAAAAGAUUAAAAGUGAUAUUCUAACAAAAAAUAUCUAUAUACAAUGGCAAGGAAAAAAGACAUUAAAUUGCUGAGAGUUUAAUAGUGGAAAAAAUACUUCUUUUUCUAAAGGAAGUUUAACUUCGAAUAAUAAAAAGGUAUAGGAAAACAUGACAGAUGUUAAACCAAUUGGAAUCUCUCAAAAUCAGCCACAACAAACACAGCAACAGCAAUCACAGCAACAACAGCAGCAACAGCAACAACAACAACCUCAACAACAGCAGCAGCAACAGCCACAACAGCAGCAAAUGAUGAUCGCAACCCAUGAUAUUCAACAACAGCAAAAUGUACAACAACAACAACAACAGCACGUUCAACAGCAGCAACAGUCCCAGCAACAACAAGCACAGCAACAAGUACAAUCUCAACAAGUUCAACCACAACAACAGAUUCAGCAACAAGUACAGUCCCAACAGCAAAUGCAAGUUCAGCAGCAAGUUCAGCAGCAGGUUCAGCAACAAGUACAACAACAUGUUCAACAGCAGCAGCAACAGCAACAACAGCAGCAGCAGUCUCAACAGCAACAAUCUAAUAAUGGACAGCAUAAUGUUGUUCCUACUCAAGUCCAAGUGCAGCCACAGGUAGCAGCAAUCAUGCCUCAGCAACAGGGUGCUGUUGCAGUAUCAAUGCAACAACAUCAACAGCAAGGAGGUGUGUCUAUGACUCUAUCCGGUCAGCAGGGAGCAACAACCAUAACUACAAUGGCUGCACACCCACAAGCUGUACAAGUUAUUCAGCAACCUAUGCAAAACCAAGCAUAUCACUUACAACAACUCUAUAAUACUCAGGGAACUCCGUUACUGAUGCCAGGAAACUUAGCUCUUCAUCCUGCAGGACUUAAUCCUUCCUCUAUACAGGUCAUAACUGCUGGAAAGCCAUUUCAGUCAGCUGCUCAACUUACACCUCACAUGCUAACUACCGCGUCGACGCCAGGUCAAGGCGGAGGUCAUCCCGCAGGUGGAGGUACAAAAGUACAAGGAUUUCCUACGGGAUACUUACCAGUACCUACUUCUGCUACACCAGGAGCUGGACAGACUUUAGUAUUUGGUCAACUAGGUGUAUUGGGUUCCCCACAACCCCCUCCCUCUUUACAGCAGCAACAGCAACAACAGUCUGCAAACAAACAAGAUCAAGUACAAAAGUAUACCACGUGCACUGCAGCUACGCCAUCGGGCGGAAGGGGCGGUAUGCAAUUUGCUCCUUGGCAAUUUACACCACAAGUUGCUUGGACAGGGAUACAACCACCAGCACUUCUAACUAAUCAGAUAUUCAUUAGAGGACCUACUCAACCUGACAUGUUUAUACAAAGCCCACAACCUAUACAAGCUCAUAAUGCACUGGCUACGCAACAACAAAUUCAAGGGGUACAACAAAUUGCUGCAGCUAGUGCAAAACCAAAGGUGAUGGAUAUGCAACAGCAACAACAGCAGCAGGGUAAGCAAAGCACGGGUGGUCAACGACCGUUGAGUAUUUUGCCGUCCUCUCUACAAGCAGUACAAGCUGCCAGUAUACGAGCUGCCAGUUCCGUUUCAACGCAAACUGUUCACGGAGUUCAAGCCACGGUACAUGUACAGAGUGGAAAAGGAAGCGGUAGUGGCGGUAAAGGUCGUGGUAAACCAUUGCAAUCGCCGCAACAACCGCAGCAACAGUCACAGCAAGCGAUGCAACAACAUCAACAGGUUUUUAUUCAACAGAAGCAGCAUGCGCAGCAGCAACAGAUGCAACAACAGUACCAACAACCGCAAUUGCAAGCAUCGCAACAGCAACAAAUACAGCCUAAACCAAUAAUGACAAACAUGACUCUACAACAGCAACAACAACCUGGAGUGGUUCUUGGCGGAGAACGCCCGAUUAUGCCUGUGGUAUCCGUAGGCGGAGUUGGUGUUGGUGUUGGAGUUGCUACUACAUCUCAAAUGAAUCAAGUACAACAGUCACAGAUGGCUAAUGUACAGCAAUUACCAUUACAGGCGAUCAAUUCGACAAUAAUUGGUAGUCAAAUAGUUAGCGGGACGUCACAGGUUCAAACGAUGUCUAUGGUGAAUCAGUUGACAGAUCAAACGCACGAUAAUACUAAUUCCACCAUAAUGAUUACAUCUCCUGAUCGUAGUCAUCAAACCGAAUGUACCUUAGUAUUACCAUCGACUACAAAUGCUUCAAUUACAAGCGAAGAAAAUUCUAAAUUAAUGUUGAAAAAGGAAGAGACAAUGCCCCUUACGAUAGAAGAAAUUACAGUAGCUCAACCAGAAGUGACAGACGGGGACCAAUGUAAAAUAGUUAUAAAAGACGAAGAUAAUUCAACUAUGAAGACAGAAGAGAAAUGCAACAAUCCGUUAACAGGACUAGCGAACACGAUUAAUUCUAUUACGAAUGGUAUUAGCAACGACGAGUCUGUAACAAUUCCCGUGUCAGUGUCAGUUACUGCAAACAGCAAACAUGUGCCUCCAAAAGCAAUGGUCAAACCACAAGUUCUCACGCAUGUAAUCGAAGGCUUUGUUAUACAAGAAGCAUCCGAACCAUUUGCCGUUAAUCGAACAUCGUUAAAUAACACAGUUAAUCAAGACACAAAUAAUAUUUUAAAUCGUAAUAAUUCAUCGUCUGAAAAGGAGAACCAUGAAGAACCUCCAAGGAAAAAGCAUGCACCUAAUUAUCCCGGUGACGACGACGGAAAUAAUGCUCAAAUUGGAAAGUGCGAAUCUUGCGGUACUUUAGUGGACGAGCAAAAUAUCAAGUUCAAAAAGGAAAAGCGAUUCUGUUCAUCUGGUUGUGCAAAGAGCAAAAAACGUGAAGCGAGAGAUCGCGACGGUAACGAGAAACAGUGGACUGAAUUGAUAGAGACUGAAUCGAAAAAUCUUGACGGAGACAUGAUGAAGAAGAAUGGGGAAGAUAAAUUAUUGUCCACUACAACUACAACUUCCUCAGUCGAUGAAACACUGCCAAAAGUUAAUCCUGUAAAAUGGACGGUUGGAGAAGUAUGUGAUUUUAUUCGUGGUUUACCGGGGUGUGCUGACUAUGCAGAAGAUUUUGCUAUUCAAGAAAUCGAUGGUCAAGCACUUAUGUUACUCAAAGAGGACCACCUUAUGUCAGCCAUGAGUAUUAAAUUAGGUCCUGCAUUAAAAAUUGUAGCCAGGAUCGAUUCGAUGCGUGUAGAGUCGCUAUCAAAUUCUAAUCCCACAUCUAAUAAUACGUAAACGUUUACUGCUUGAGAUUUUUAUCUGCGGAAUUUCAAGUUGCAGCCUAUGGGCUACAGGGUUUGUGCAAGUAUUUGAUCGGAUUGUAGAUUUAAGAUUUCUAAGAAAAACAUGAAAUAUCUUUUUUUUUAUAAAAAUACAGUGUUUUUGUAUUUUUUUAAAUUUCAUUUCCAUGAAACUCAUUUUUUUUCGUAUAGAACAAUAAUACCGAUUACUAAGUUUUAGUAUUUCAAAGUGUACCGCUAUAAUUUAAAGAUCGAUCUAUGUAAGACUAACUCUAUGUUUCGUACUAUUUCCUAAUAUAUCAAACGACUAUAUUGAUAUUUCGAAUAAAAGCAUAGAUAUUAUUUAAUUUUUAGUUCGACAGUACCAUACUGGCAAUACGAUAUAACCUUUGAUAAGUCUUACACCGAUUGAUUUUUAUAAAUGUAAAUAAAAAUCAAUUUCUGUUUUUUCAUUUGUAAUUUGAAAUGUAUGUAUAUUGCAUUUAGGAAUUUCUUUUUUUUUUUUUUUUUUUUUUUAAUAUUAUUCUAUGAGGUAUGGUUGACUAGAACUAUCAAGAAACUGAGUACAAAUUAUGUCCAUUACACAAAAAGGAAAAAGACGUUGUAUAUAAACUAUCCAGCAUAUAUACGAUGUAUUUUGUACUCGAAAAUUACAUUUGGAAGGUGUACAAAAAUUAUUGCCUUCUAUAAGACUUACGGUAAUACUGAAAGAAAAUUUGGCAUUUUUAAAACGUUAGCCUUUGUGAUGAAUAAGUAGAAAUUUAUGUGCGUGACAAUUUUAAAUUGAUAUAUAAGACAAUUGAAGCAACGCGAUUAACGGUAUCGACCAUGUACUUUGUAAAUGUAUCAUGUGCACUCAACUUGCAUACGUGUAAAUAUUAAACAUAAAAUGUUUAUUUAAUAUACAAAUUUUAUAAUA